AUGACUUCCCACUACUUCAGCUUCGCCGACGCCGACGUCGUGCUCCGCUCUGCUGCGCCCCACGCAACCGAGUUCCGCGUCCACAAAUCCCUCCUCUCCGCCGCGUCCCCGUUCUUCAAACACAUGUUCGCUCUGCCGCAAAAGCCACUCUCCACCGCGUGCCCCGAAGUGCCUGUCAUCGACGUGUACGAGCCCAAGUCUACUCUCGAGGCACUGCUGCGUUUCGUUUACCCAACGUCGAGACCAUCCAUCGACACCCUGGAUGAGCUCACGCCUAUCCUUGAAGCUGCCAUGAAGUAUGACAUGGUCAGCGUCAUCGACAUCCUCCGGGCACGGCUUGUUGCCCCCGACUUUGCAAGGGUAGCGCCUACGCGCGUGUAUGCCAUCGCAUGUCGGUUCGACCUGGAGGAGGAGGCGAAGGUGGCGUCCCGCCACACGCUCAACGUCAACGUUUUAGACUGCCCUCUUCAUGACGACCUCAAGCACAUCACUGCCUACGCUUAUCACCGUCUUCUUGAUCUCCACCGCAAGCGUGCGAAGGCGGCCCAGGAGCUGCUUCAACUAUCGGAGGACGUAAAGUGCAUGCAGUGCAACGGAGCGCGGUAUCACGCGUUCUUGCCGCCCAAGUGGUGGUCGGACUUCCACGAGAGAGCGAAACAGGAGCUGGCUGUCCGGCCAACGACAGACGUCGUCUUCUCCAUGCCAUUCCUGGCGCAUUCGGCGCAAGCGGGUUGCGAGCGAUGCGCCGGGAGCAUCCUAGACGCGCAUUGGUUCCUGGACCAGCUGAAGCGGAAGAUUGACGACCUACCAUCCACGAUAUGA